AUGUCGUCUCCUGUUCUAGAGUCUCGUCAUGAUGUUUCUCCUUUCCCCACUGAUGUCGGUACUGAGAUACCGUCCGCUUCGGAAGCUGGUGACCUUCAUGAGUAUCUACUCAAUGUCGCUUGCGAGUGUCUCCUUGUCGAUUCAUCACGUUUCUGGAUCAAUCCCAAGUACAGAUUGGUGGCAUCGUCAUUGGCUGAGCUCUCGCGGUUUAUUGACGCUGUGGGCUUUUCCUACUGUGCUGGUCUGUAUAAUGUCCUCCUCUCGUCCAAUCCGCCCUCCGUCGAGUGGUUUGAGAGUCUACCAUCCGAAAUUCCUAAACGUCACUGGGGUGUCUAUCUACUCGUCCUUAAGAGGCCAGGUUCUGAUCGUCCACAACUGUACAUUGGAUCCGGAACUGCUGCUAUUGGAGGUGUCUUUGCUCGAGUAUCCAGUUACCAUAGUUCCGGUUCUACUUCCUUUCCUCGGUACGUUGGAGACUCAAUUCGGGAAGGAUACAGUAUCGUCCAUCAUACACUACUUGCGUGGUGCCCUAUACCUGCUAGGGAGGACCUCCAAAAGUUCCGUAUAGCAGUUAUCAUCAUGGAAGCAGUACUCUCAUCCCUGUUCUGGCCCAUGCGACGUCGGACGAGUUUAUACGGUUUGGAAUAUACAUGUCCUUGGUCACAAGACUCAUUCGAAUGGGAUGGACUGUGUUCACAUAAUCCCUUGUUUGAAGGAUUCAACGAAGCAUAUCUCUUUUUCACUCGUGAGGAACUUGAACAGAUUGCUAUUCAAUACAAGUCUCAGUUCAAGGCUCGCCAAAGGAUACACAAUGAGAAGCAGAAACCAGGAACACUACUCCGCCAAACUGUGGCUGUCGAUACCAAACAAUAUUACUGUGCCACAUGCAACGUCCCUUGCCGUGACAAUGCGUCUCUUCUCCGUCACAACGAGAGUCCACGUCACAUUCGACGAGUACAAAAUAAUAACGGUCCUUGGGUUUGCGAGCCCUGUGGAGGAAAGUCGUUCGCUUAUCUCUCCGAUUGGAAGACACACACUGAGUCCAUUACACACAUCCGGAACACUCCUGAACUUGGUAGCCUCGAGUCUCGAACCGAGUCACGAGACCCAAAUGCCUUCCAGUGUGAUCCCUGUGGGUACAAUACUCCUCAUGAGAGUUCGCUUCGGAGACACAACACGUCCAAAGCACAUAUUAAGAGACUCGAAGAAGGCUUGGAGACUGCACGAAACAAGAAGUACCGCUAUUUGACCACCAAUGCUCGUGCUCUCCGCCGUCUCCGCACAGCUUGCGAGCGUGCCAAGCGUACCCUCUCUUCUUCCGCCCAGACCUCCAUUGAGAUCGACUCUCUCUUCGAGGGUAUUGACUUCUACACCUCCAUCACCCGUGCUCGUUUCGAGGAGCUCUGCCAGGACCUCUUCCGUUCCACCAUGGAGCCCGUCGAGCGCGUCCUUCGUGAUGCCAAGACCGACAAGUCUUCCGUCCACGAAAUCGUCUUGGUCGGUGGAUCCACCCGUAUCCCCAAGAUCCAGAAGCUUGUCACCGACUUCUUCAACAAGGAGCCCAACAAGUCUAUCAACCCCGAUGAGGCUGUCGCAUACGGAGCUGCCGUCCAGGCUGCAAUUCUCAGCGGUGACACUUCUUCCAAGUCCACCAACGAAAUCUUGCUUCUCGACGUUGCCCCUCUUUCCGUCGGUAUUGAGACCGCUGGUGGUGUCAUGACCCCUCUCAUCAAGCGCAACACCACCAUUCCCACCAAGAAGUCCGAGACCUUCUCCACCUACUCCGACAACCAGCCUGGUGUCUUGAUUCAGGUCUACGAGGGCGAGCGUGCUCGUACCAAGGACAACAACUUGCUCGGCAAGUUCGAACUCACUGGUAUCCCCCCUGCUCCCCGUGGUGUUCCCCAGAUCGAGGUCACCUUCGACAUGGACGCCAACGGUAUCAUGAACGUCUCUGCUGUUGAGAAGGGUACCGGCAAGAGCAACAAGAUUGUCAUCACCAACGACAAAGGCCGUCUCUCCAAGGAGGAAAUCGAGCGCAUGUUGGCUGAGGCCGAGAAGUACAAGGCUGAGGAUGAAGCCGAGGCUUCCCGCAUCCAGGCCAAGAACGGUCUUGAGUCUUAUGCCUACUCCCUCAAGAACACCCUCGGUGAGGGCAAGCUCACCAUCGAGGCUGCUGACAAGGAGAAGCUCGAGGCCGAGAUUGAGAAGACCAUUAGCUGGCUCGACAGCAACCAGACCGCCACCAAGGAGGAGUACGAGGCCCAGCAGAAGGAGCUCGAGAGUGUUGCCAACCCCAUCAUCUCUGCAGCCUACGGUGGCGCUGGUGCUCCCCCCGGCGCUGCCGGAGCUUCUGCUACUCGCGAGGCUGAUGAGGUUGAGGAGCGCCCUGAGGAGCUCGACUAA